AUGUUCCUCACGCCAACCAUCCGGGGCCUGGAACUCGCUUCAAAUGAUCUGAGUGUGUCCACGGUCGUGCCACUCUUCGCCGAGGUGGUUGCGGUGUGCAGGGACCUCACGCAUCUUCAGUGUACGUCGAGACUCUACCAGGAAUCAAAGCCCGCCGGCCCCGAUGGCGAGACCCUGACUCAACUCCUGCGCGGCAUGCCGAAGCUGGAGAAGGUGUUGGCGACGCUCCCCAAGCUCGCGACGCUGGAAUUGACCAUGGACUCGAAGGAAACGGACGCUCUGGCCGCCUCUGCGGCCGCCGGCGCGCGUGCAGGACGCUGGUUCAAUACACUCGUCCGCCUGGGGCUCGCCGUGGAGCAAAUGGACCAGAACACGGCGGUGUUCCUAUGCGCCGUGCGGAGCGGGUGCCUGCGGGGGUUUGCAGAGCUACAGUUACGGACCCUCAACGGGCCCGGGAGCGUUCUGCUCCAGCAGCGCCUCGAGACCCUCGCGCACUCCCCUUUCCGCAACUCACUGAACCGUGUGGUCCUCGACCACGUAGCUCCAUUUGAGAUCAACGGCGUCGAGGUCCCGCUAGACCUCGCGCAUGCACUCCAGCCUCUCUACGCUGUUCCCCAUAUCCGCCACUUCACCAUCCGAGGAUCCUCGCUUCUUGCGAACGCGCGCCUGGCGCUCCGCGAUAUUGCACACGCAUGGCCGGAGCUCGAGGCCCUCGCACUGAUCAGUCACAGGGAUGAUUCGGUCGGGGCCGUCGCAGGAUGCAUCACUCUGGAGGAUUUGGUGCAGCUCCCGCGCCGCUGCCCGCGCCUUCGCAGGCUCGAGCUUCAUCUGCACGCAGAGACGGUUCCAGACGCGGCGACGCUCGCGCGCCUGCUGCCUGAGCCGUCGCAGAGCCCACUUAGAGGCCCCCUUGUUGUGCACAGUGCGCCGAUCGUAGACGCGGACCGGGUGGCGGAUUUCUUGGCCCAUCUCUUCCCGGCGUUGGACGAUGUGUCAUAUGAGGGGGCGGUGGAAGGUUCGAUAUUUGGGGGUGGCCGGGCUUCGUGGGUGUCGCGGGAGAAGUGGGAGAAGGUUGGACGUCUUCUCAAGGAGAGUGUGGACUCGGCAUCGGAGGUCGGCCGCGUCCCACAGCUUCACUAG